AUGAAGGGGCUCUGGCUCUCUUCCCUGGACCUGGAGCAGGCCACACCAGAGGCCACGUCCCAACAUUCUACUUAUACAGCUCCAACGAUGUUGCCACGGCUGAUUUUUUCAACGUGGCCAGGCUCAAGGAAUCCAUGGCCAAGGCCUUGGUGGCUUUCUACCCCCUUGCUGGCCGCCAUCGACAACGACGGCAGGAUGGAGAUCAACUGGAACGGCGAGGGCGCACUCUUUGUUGUCGCUCGCGCUAAUCUCACUGUCGAUGACAUCAAGGAGUUGAAGCCAUCGCCGGAGCUGAGGAGGCUAGUUGUUCCAUGCGUUGAGCCAGCAUCCGUCGUGUUGGCCGUACAGGUGACUUUCUUGAAGUGUGGAGGAGUGGCCUUAGGGACAGCUAUCCACCAUGUCUCCAUGGACGCCUUAAGCGCGUUCCACUUCAUCCAAACAUGGUCAGCCUUCGCCAAGCAUGGCAAUGGCGCUGUCGUGGAACUCCCGUGCCACGACCGCACCCUCCUCUGCCCACGAUCCCCACCCACCGUCCACCCUGACGCCCUCCUGACCUUCUGCCCUAAGGUCAUCUUCUCCGACCCGUUGGGACCUGUUGUCGUCAAAGUCUUCACCAUUUCCAGGGACCAGGUCGCCUCCCUCAAGCACCACUGCAGCGGGACGAGCACCUUCUGUGCCGUGAGCGCUCUCUUGUGGCAGUGCGCGUGCAUCGCACGCCGGCUUCCGCUAGACUCCAAAGCACGCCUCACCUUCCCGGCCAACGUCCGGCGCAAGGUGAGGCCGCCCCUCCCGGACCUCUACUUCGGCAACGCGCUGUUCAAGCUCGGCGUGACCGGCGCGGUGAGGGAUAUCGCGACGGAGGCGCUGGGAUCCGUCGCGAGCCGCAUCAAGGGCGCCGUUGAUCGGAUGGACGACGAGCUGGUGCGGUCCGCGAUCGACUACUUUGAGAAGGCCGAGAUUGACACCACCCGACCUUUGAGGGGCACCUUGCCGCAGACGCACCUGCAGAUUGUCAGCUGGCUCGGCAUGCCAGCGUACGAUGCGGAUUUCGGGUGGGGGAAGCCGCAGGUGAUGUCGCGGGCGGAGUCCAUCCGUGGCGGGGUUGUGUUCAUCAUGAACAACGAGGGGAAGGGGACAGCAGACGACGGUGGCGUCCGCGUGCUCGUUUGCUUGGAGGCUGCAAAUAUGAUGGAGCUAGAACGGCUGCUUUAUGCAAAGCUCUAG